ACAUAAGAUCUAGUAUGUCCUCUGGCUUUUGGUCUUUGGGUUGUUAGAGUCCUUGCAAACAUGCUAUUUUCCCAAGGGCCAUAAGUCAAGUAGCAUCGAGAGUCGAGACUAUUUGAUCCGAAUCAGGCUUCUUUGCUUGACUUUAACCUAUCCUGCACCCCAACACCAGGUCUUAAAAGGGUGUCAUGAUUGUCAAUCGGUUAGAUGGAGAUAACUGAUAGAAUAAAACACCAUGGAGAUUAAACCGGGUUUGAGUGCGUACGCUCAAAAUCCGCAAGAGGCAGCGGAAUCUUUGGUUUCGCUUUUGGAUAAAGCGGAGAGUGUUGUUCCUCGUGAAUUGCGAUCCAAGACACCUGUUCGAGUUUGGGCAACUGCGUGUUUGAAGGCUUUGGAAGGGGAUACCUCGGAUAGGAUCUUGCAAGCGGUAAGGGAUUUGCUUAAGGACAGGAGUAGCCUAAAAUCCGACGCUGAUGCUGUUACAGUGCUGGAUGGAACACAAGAAGAUUAUUCAAAGACCGUUGGAGUAGUUGAUCUUGGUGGUGGAUCUGUUCAAAUGGCUUAUGCCAUCUCAGAGACAGAUGCUGCCAUGGCUCCAAAAGUAGUAGAUGGGGAGGACCCAUAUGUCAAGGAGAUGUUCCUGAGGGGAAGGAAAUACCACCUUUAUGUUCACAGAUACUUGCACUAUGGUUUACUAGCUGCUCGUGCUGAGAUUUUAAAGGUUUCUGAAGAUGCUGAAAACCCUUGUAUCUUAACUGGCUAUGAUGGAUCCUACAAAUAUGGUGGAAAGUCGUAUAAAGCUUCAUCCUCCUCCUCUGGAGCAAGCUUGAAUGAAUGCAAAAGUAUUGCUCUUAAGGCUCUGAAAGUUAACGAGUCAACAUGUACUCAUAUGAAGUGUACUUUUGGUGGGAUAUGGAAUGGUGGAGGGGGGGAUGGACAGAAGAACCUUUUUGUUGCCUCCUUUUUCUUUGACCGGGCUGCUGAGGCUGGUUUUGCUGAUCCAAACUCGCCAGUUGCGAUAGUUCGUCCUGCAGAUUUUGAGGAUGCAGCUAAGCAAGCUUGUCAAACAAAACUUGAGAAUGCCAAAUCCACUUAUCCACAUGUUGAGGAAGGGAACCUUCCCUAUCUUUGCAUGGAUCUUAUAUACCAGUAUACUCUACUUGUUGAUGGUUUUGGCAUAUAUCCAUGGCAAGAGAUAACAUUGGUGAAGAAAGUUAAAUACGAUGAUGCCCUUGUUGAGGCAGCAUGGCCCCUAGGCAGUGCCAUUGAAGCUGUAUCAUCUCCGUAAUGUCACCGGGAUCAUCACUCAGAUCACUAAUCAGAAAUCUAGGGGCACAUGAAUUUCAUCACCGGGAUUUUCUGGUGAAAUACUGUCAUUCAUGAUGAUCAGAGAUUACUUUCAGGAUGAAUUGAGAUUUUGGAUAUGGGUCUGUGACUGUGACUCAAAUAAUGGGAGAUUAUAGCUUCAUUAUUUUUGAUAUGUAAUUAAUUCACAACAUAUCUGAUUUACGAUUUUGGAAGAUUCAUUCGAUUCAUUAAGUGCAUCUAAUAUAUGUUGUCUUAAGUGACGAACAAAAUGGUGAUAUUAACACCAUUUCAUUUUUGUUUCUAUAAAUGGUUUCAUUCGUGAUCAUAGUUUAUACUU